AUGGCUGACAGCGAGCGACGCACCAAGCGAUCUCGGUUCGACCAAACGGAAUCUGAAUCCCGGAGAUCCCGAUUUGAUCGACGCUCCCGUUCUCCUUCGACACGACAGUCUGAAUCCGCGCGAGAAAGGAGCCCUAUAAGCCGACAGCCUCAGAGCCCCGCAAACGAUGACAAGAGAAAGCCCAGCACGCCGUCUGAUCCCGCUGCUGCUGCAGCGAUGGCUGCCGCCAAAAUCAAGGCGCAGCUAGAAGCCCGUGGGGUUCAACAAUCUAGCACUCCGCCCGUCCGUUCAACCGCAAGCCCUUCCGUAAAAUCUCCUUCCUCGGCCACGCAACAGUUCCCAAAUCUCAAUGGUGAGAUCUAUAUCGCGGAUGGAGAUUACAUCAAAGACAUUGAGGUCAAUGACCUUCGGAACCGUUAUACACUGACAAAAGGCGCGACGCAGAGAAUGAUUAAAGAUGAAACUGGCGCCGAUGUCACUACUAGGGGAAGCUAUCUCCCGGAUAAAAGCAUGGCAACUCCUUCGAACCCGCCGCUGUACCUUCAUGUAACGAGCACAUCGAAAGAAGGACUGGAGAAAGCUAUCGCCAAGAUCGAGGAGCUCAUGAAGCAGGAGUUGCCGGAUCUUGUCGACCAACGAAGAUUCCAACGUAAAGAGCGCGAACCAGUUGAACGGGACGAGUUCGGCCGUCGUAAAUGGCCCGAGGAACGUAUCCCGAUUGGGCUUGAGUCGCUGCCCGGUUUUAACCUCCGUGCACAGGUGAUCAAAGGCCGCGGAUCAGGAUUCAAGGAACAUGGCACCAAUCAGGAAAGCGACGAGCCCAUGUACCUUCAUGUUUUAGGCCCUGACCCCGUUGAGGUGCAAAAGGCCAAAGAACUUUGUGAAGACCUGCUGGCAAACGUCAAGGAGCAAUUCGAACGAUUUAAAGAGCAACCUCCUCCACAACGUGGUUACGGCGGAGGUUACGGCCAACGCGACCGCCAACACUAUGGUGUCGGCUAUGGCGCAGGUGGUGGAGGCUAUAAUAACCAAUCUCCCCAGACUCCCUCUGCCAUGAGUCCGCCAGCGGCGAACGCACCGGGAACAGCACAAGCUCCAGGGGCCGCAAGCACAGCAGAUUACAGCGCUCAAUAUUCGCAAUAUUAUGGGAGGGAGCAGAUCCUAUAUCAACAGCAGGUAGCCGCUCAGCAGCAAGCUCAAGGAACCUCCGCGUCUCCGCCGCCCCCUCCACCUGCCUCUGAGGCCCCACCGCCGCCGCCGCCACCGUCAUCUAACACUCCUCCACCGCCUCCUCCUUCAGGUGGAUACAACGCUGUAUGUUCGACCUAG